ACGAGAUUUCCGAAGGGACAGACGAUAUUAGAUUGCGUUUUGAGUACGAAUUCAGCUUCAUCAAGCCUUGGUGGUCGAGGUCAUGGUGGCAGUCUUUACGUUAUGGACGUCUUAGUUUGGGCGGAUCUUGCCUUGUACGACGCCGAGUUUGAGUUUCGGCACUUCUGGCUCCAGUCCCGUAUGCAGGAAGCGGAUUGGGCGAAGGAAGUGCCUUUCGUAUACUUGAACAAUAACCCUAGAAGUGGUGGUGGUCUGUCGAACCAGAACAACGGAACUGGUAACAAGGGACAAGGCCGUGGAAAUCGUCGGCGGCGAGGGGGAGGAGGACGUAGGGCUGGCGCGUCGAGAAACGAGAUGCAAGUUGACAAUUACUUUCUAUCUCGUAACGAAGGCGAAGUAGAGCACGACAAUACAGAGUCGACAGCAGCUGGCGUCAUGGAGGUAGAAGAGGGUCCUCCGCACGGUCCUCCCCACUCCGAAAUGAUCGGGCCAAGCCUCCCCCCUUCGAUGGAUGGAGUUGAAGGAGGUGAAGAAGCACCACUAGCAGCUCGUCUGAACGAAGUGGACCAGCACAUAAAGGUCAAGAAACCGAUCAAGAAUUUGUUCAGACCAUCAAAUUCAAAGGACAAGGAUCAGCAGAUGACAGAGGAUUCAAUGCCUGCAGCCGCUGCGGCCGUCGACCUCAACUUCUACGUAGAAGCUGCUACAAAAGGCAGCAGUUCUCGUCUUACCGCUUUCAGUCUUCACCUUGUCGCUCAGGAGGAAGUUGCCUCCGUUGCGAGGUUACAAGAACUGUACAAAAGCGAAACGCAAUACGUCCCUGACGGUUUGCAAUUUUCGCAUCCUGAAUGCCGCUACAUGCCAGGAUGGUCGCCCUUGGUGCUUGUUUGGAGGGAUUUCCACUGCAGCCGAUACGCCGUCGAAGACUUGGCGUCAGCAUUUGCGAACUCAUGCUCUGUUGGAAGUGCGACUUUAUCGGCAUUAUCGUCAGGCAACACUGCUGUGCAUAUGCAAGACGAUCAUGAUGUUGAUGACGACCGCGAUGACGUGGCUAGUUUUUGUGUGUUGCAACUGCGUGAGGACGGCAAGCUAUGCACAGGCGAUGACCUUGUGGUAGCCGAAAUAGCUUCACCGGUGACGGUAAAGGAGCCUGCUCUUGUCACACCAUACAGUUGCAGAGACAACGAUGAGGAAGACCACAUAUCAACAGCGAUAGUACAGGAACAUCCGCAUCCUACAAGCAAUCCAUCAGCAUCAGUGAAUUCGAGUCGAACCUACGCUUUUUCAGCUGGUAAGUUCUUGCGUAUACCGAUCAAGGGGAUUGACCGCGAGCAGGCGAGAGUGAUCCCAGGACCGAUGACCUUAGUCCGUAGAGCCCGAUCAAGAAUCUACGCUGAUAGCUGGAAUCGCAUUCAGUUUCACUACCUCCUCAGAACAAGGCCCAACGAAAACCUCUUUCAACAUUUGUGUGAUGUGAUUGCUGCAAAUCAUGCAGCUACAGAAGGAUAAGACGGCUAUAAUACCCAGGUUGGUCCAUUCGCGACAUAGACGGACCAGGACUACCUUUCUCCCUAGCCCUUAAUUUUCAUAUCCUGAGCUUCUUCAUAAC